AUGCGUUUGGCAGCUGACAAUGUGGAUGCGGUCAAAUGUGCAGAACACGGCAAAGGAGUCGAUGAAGCAGCAAUCAAGUACCUUAGAGCCAACAUUGAUCAUCCUUGUGUCUGCACCAACCACGACUGCAUUUCCCGCAGUGUCGCCCAGUGCUGCCUUUCCCGAAUGUCCUGCAACACAGCUGAGAGUGUUGUCAAAGUGGUGAAUUUUGGAAAUCGACUGGCUGUCAGAAACCACAAGAUUGGAGGACGAGAUGUAGUAGAGGCUGUCUUUGUCUACUGCGAGUGCCUUGUGGUGCGGAGUUACUCCAGCGAAGCUUUGUGCUAUCUCGAGCAUAUCGGCCGACGGUAG